UUUCUCCAAUAAAAAAUAUAUUUCAUUAAAAUUCAUCAUGAAUCAUUCUAAUUUUAAUUUUUAUGAUGCUUUUGAUUUUGAUGAUAACACUCCUGUGCUCGCUUUUCAAGUUGCUGCUGCUGUGGUUGCUGAAGAAGAAUCGAAUAAUCAAGGGCGGAGAAUAGGGUAUCGUGGCUCUAUUCGUGGCCACAAUAUUGUCAAUCGUAAUAGAAAGGAAGAACUUAGACUAAGAAUGAAGAAGAGCAGCAAAAGCAACACUAAUCCGAAGUCUGAAGUUAGGAAAGAUAGUAAAUCAGGUACUGGAUUGAGUGGGUCGCCUAAGAAAGGAGGCCAUGGAGGCAAGUUCACUUGGGUUGGUGAUGGCUACUCCCAGGCCGAGAUUGGGUUCGAGAAGGAAGCUGUGGACGUGAAGGACCCUAACUUUGAAGACCCAGAAGAGAUCCAGACUGUUUGACCACGAUCAUCAACAUCGUUUAGCUGUCUGUGUAAAUAUUGAUCUGAUCAAUGAUCCCCAGGGUUUAUCGUUAUAAUAAAUAAUUUUUAUUGGGAUCUUUCUUGUCUAAAAUCUGAGAAAUAACGAUUUUGUUUGAGGUCAUUAUGUUGAUGUUCAAGGCCUUAAAAUGCCUGGAAAAUUUGCAAAAUAGCUGUUACCCUGAUUUGCUGCUUCUGACCUUAAUAAUUCCUUGUGUA